AUGGAAGCGAAAAUCGGCGGAUCCAAGCAACAACAGCCAUCAACACCAGCUCCUCCGCCUUCAACGCGACGGCCGAGGGUCAGAGAAGUCAGUUCCAGGUUCAUGUCUUCCGUUUCUUCUUCCUCUUCAUCCGCCGGCGAUCUCUACUUUUCGACUUCGAAUUCUCCUAACCACAACCACCACCAUCAACAACGCUCGGUUUCAGCUCAGAGGCUCAGACGCCAGUUGAAAAUGGGGGACGCCGAUGAGAAUCGCUCGAUUCCCGAGACGGCGUCGCGCAGCCUAGACUCGCCUUUUACUCUCACGAAACAAAGCCAAUCGAAGCCGUUCAAGGAGAAUUCUCACCGGCUCGACGCCGCGCCUACGCCCAUAGUUCCUCCGCCGUCAAAAUCGCGGUUAAGCCAACAUCGAUUACUAACCGCUUCCCCCGCUACGAGGCUUCUCCAAUUAAGCGGCAUAUCGGCGUCAUUUCCGAGCUCACCGCUCUCGAGCUGCAACGGUCGUGAGAGCGGUUUGUUUUCGCGGCUAGGCUCGUCUCUGCCUCCGGUGGCACCGAAUACAAAGAUUCCGGUGGAAAGUAAAAAGCAGAGGAAGGUCUCGGAGCAAUUAGAAGAUGUGCAUUCUCUGAAACUACUCCACAAUCGUCAUUUGCAAUGGAGAUUUGCAAACGCGAACGCACAAGUGAAAACUCAAACUCAGAGAGCCCAAACCGAGGCCAUGCUUUACUCCUUUGGUUUGAAGAUUUCAGAGCUAAACGAUUCUGCGCAAAGCAAACGCAUUGAGCUUCAAUGCUUAUCGAGAGUUAAAGCUCUUCUUGCGGUUACAGAUUCUCAAAGUCCAUGUUUGGAGCAAUGGUCGGCGAUUGAAGAAGAGUACUCUGCAUCGUUAUCCCAAACAAUCCAAGCUUUGUCCAAUGCUUCAUUACGGCUUCCACUCGAUGCAGAUAUCAAUGUUGAAAAUAAAGAAUUAGCAGACGCACUUGUUGGUGCUUCCAAGGUUUUGGACGGCAUUACACAAAACGUUGGAAACUACACCUCAAUGGCAAAAGAGAUGGAGAUUUUAGUGUCAGAAUUAGCAAGAGUCAAUAGCAGAGGAAGAUCAUUGACUGAAGAUUGUGGACUCGAGCUUCUUAAAACGCAGGCUUCACAUAUCGAAGAAUGUUCUCUGAGAAUUCAACUUAUCCAACACCAAAAGAAGAGUCUUGUUACUGGGACUCAAAACUCUUGUUCUCUUGGUAGAGAUUUUAGCUGA